AUGGCAACUACGAACCAGGAGAAAUUUUUUGAAUAUGUCGAGAAAAAUCAGGAACAAUAUGUUCAACGACUUCGAGAAGCUGUAGCUAUACCAAGUGUGAGCUCUGACGCAGCUUAUCGCGAGCACGUAUUCAAAAUGGGAGAAUACCUAGGAAAACUAUGUGACAGUCUUGGCAUUAGUUAUGAAGCUCGUGACGUUGGAACUCAUGAGAUGGAUGGCAAGACUCUCCAACUGCCGCCUAUUAUUCUAGGCACAUAUGGCAAUGAUCCCAAUAAGCCAACUAUCCUUGUCUAUGGACAUUAUGACGUUCAGCCUGCCCUGCUUGAAGAUGGUUGGUCAAGCGAUCCCUGGGUGCUAACCGAAGACAGCAACGGUCGAUUGAUGGGACGAGGAGCAACUGAUGAUAAGGGUCCUGUACUUACAUGGUUCAACAUAAUUGAGGCACACCAAAAACUAGGAUUAGAGUUACCAGUGAAUUUGAAGAUGUGUUUUGAAGGCAUGGAGGAGAACGGAUCGGAGGGUCUCGACGACUUAAUUCAACAGGAGGCUGAUAAAUACUUUAAAGGAGUUGAUGCGGUCUGUAUCUCUGACAAUUAUUGGUUGGGAAUAUCAAAACCAUGUCUGACUUAUGGCUUACGAGGCAUAUCUUACUUCAAGCUGACGGUCUCUGGUCCUGGAAAAGACCUUCACUCUGGUGUAUUUGGUGGGACAGUGUACGAACCAAUGACUGAUUUGAUCUAUUUGAUGGGUAAACUCGUCAAGCCAGAUGGCACUAUUCUUGUACCCGGGAUUUAUGAUAAUGUGGCGGAAUUGGCUGAGGAAGAAAAGGCUAUCUAUGGAACCAUUGACUUUAAAAUGCACGAACUUCACAGUGCAAUUGAAUCGGAUACUUCUAUUCAUGCAAACGAACCAGACACAUUAAUGCAUCGCUGGCGCUAUCCAUCACUUUCAAUCCACGGCAUUGAAGGAGCAUUUUCAGCUCCGGGCGCAAAAACUGUAAUUCCGGCGAAAGUACAUGGAAAAUUCUCUAUCCGAUCGGUUCCAAACAUGGAUCCCGAACGUAUCACUGAACUUGUCACCAAGUAUCUGAAUGAUGAAUUUGCAAAGUUAGGAACAAAGAACAAGAUGACUGUUGAGUGUAUUCAUGCAGCCAAGUCAUGGGUCUCAAGUCCUGAUCAUUGGAACUAUGUUGCUGCUGCAAAGGCCACGGAGACUGUAUUUAAUGUGAAACCUGAUCUUACCAGAGAAGGAGGAUCUAUUCCUGUAACGCUUACUUUCCAGGAUGCGUUGAAGACAAACGUCUUAUUGCUGCCCGUCGGCCGAGGGGAUGACGGCGCACAUUCUAUCAAUGAAAAGCUCGACAGAUCAAACCUUGUCAGCGGAACUAAACUUCUUGGUGCAUACUUGUACGAAGUAGCUGCCAUUGAGAGAAAAUAA